AUGCGAGAACUUCGGGUGAUUGGUAUCCUGUCGCUAAUUCACUGGCUGGCUUCAGCCUCACAGGGUGCCAGAGAAGCAAGCUGCAGCGCAGAUUGCGACAAGGAAACUACGCAAACUCCUGUUCGCAGAUUGCUGUCCUCGCUUCGAAGAAUUGGGGGCUCCGUGAGGUCCGAUCUCACUUUCACAAGAAGCCCUGGCAAUGCCACAGCUGUACAUGCUUCGCGAGAUAUCGCCUCCGGGGAGAUCCUCUUCAGGAUUCCCCGGGCGGCUUUAUUGUGGCCUGGCGCCAAAAUUGUGAAACAGCUAGCCGCCGAGUUCCAGGCGUUUCAGCUUCGAGGCCACCUUACAGAGGCAGAAUGUUUGGUACUGUCAGUGGCAGCCAUCAAGAAAGGCAUUCAGAAGCCACCUGAAUCGUCACCGAUCCGCGCGUAUGUGGAUUUUCUAAAGAAUGAGCCGCUUCCAAACGCCACCGUACUCUGGAGGACAGAAGUCCUGGCUUGGUUGAGUGGCACUGAAGCCGGUGAACUGACCCAGCAUUUCCUGCGACGGAUUGCUCAAAUUCACGCUGUUGCUCCGCUUCUCCUGGAGCACGACGACAUCAAGGCUGCCUUCGCCCAAUACUAUGCACGGCAUGGGACUCUGCCACUCGGCUCACGUGGUGAGGCCGAGCCAGUGAUGAUUCCAGGCAUUGAUUUGUGCCAGCGUCAAGAUGGCGGCCUCAAGCCAGUACUCAGGAAGGACAACGUUGUUCUUGCAACGACAGGCGCCAUUAAAGCGGGUGACGAGAUUUUUGUUGACUUUGGAGCUCGCGACCACACGGACCUGCUGGUUCAGGGAGCAGCGGACGACCCAGAAGCUGGCAUUUUUCUGCCAGUUCCUCUGGGCACCGGGUCCUCUGGCAGGUGGAAGCGUCGUCUGUUCAAGUACCUGCAUUGGCCUGCCGAGGUGUGGCUUCGCGAUGGCAUUGUGCAGGAUCAGAGGCACCUUCGCCUUGCCACGAUGCAUCGAGACGAGUUCACCGCUUGGUCUGUUGGUGCGCUUGUCGCUGGUGCACCGCUAGCGGUGUCACGGGCUUUUCGCACGGAGACAGAGGCCAACGCCUACCUGGUUGCAGAGUGCUCCAGGCGUGGAGCCUCUGCGAGGUCGUCACCAAUGGUGAGCGAACCUGCGAGUCAGAAGCCGACUGGUGUUGCAAGGUAUCGAGCGAGGCUCACUGAGGGCUAUGAUUUGUGCCAGCUACGAGCAGAAGAGAAGCUGCGGAAGCUGCAUGUGUGGGCGAUGAAGCAGCACUCAUGGGCAUUUCACUUCGUGCACCAGGAAGGAACUGCUGCAUUCCCGCGUAUGGCUUGCAUUUGA